UAAAAACAGUCUGCAGGAAAAAAAAGUUGGAGAUAGCAAAUAAAAAAACAAGAAGAAAAAAUAAGACAACAAAAAUCUAAAUCACACAAAAUAAAUAAAUCAAACUAAUUAUCAGAGUAGUCAAACACGGUAAUUAGGUUUGAAUGUGAAACCCACAACUCGCACAUUUCAAAUGUAAAUAUAUAUAUAACGCAAUUUUUAUUAAAUGAAAUAAUGCUUGGAAUAUAAAAUAAACUUAACAAUGUCUCUCUCUCUCACACACACACAAACUUUCACAUGCAUACACAAGCAAACGCAGAUUGAGCACAAGCAUGCAGUUAAUUUACAUGAGAUGACUCAAAAGAAAAAAAAAUAGGGUCAAGUUGAUUUCCCGGCUACACUGCUGGAGGAUAGGAUAUAACUGUUGCACAGGAGCAGACAAGUCAGCUAUCUUUAAAUGACAUCCAUCACAAUGACCGGUGGCUUUCGUACACGUGGCUGUCUUCCCUCUGGGACAUCGUUUCAUUUUCGCCUCAUUCUGUCUGUUUUUGUCUUUAAUCUUGUCAUCUCUUCACAUGCAAGAGUGACAGCACAAGGUAGCAAAAUUAGUUGCCAGAUUCCUGCUGUCCAGCCCUUGGCAAACACAAAUCUGACAUGUCUUUUCCCAGAAGAUGUUAGCUACACGAAGAAAGAUUUUACAGUUUAUUAUUACAAAGAAAAGGAACGUCCAGAUGCUGUGCUGGAUUGCUGGUGGCUUUCUGGAAGUGUGGACUGUUAUGUCAAACGUGGGUACGAAUAUGACAAAAAGAUAUCCAAUAGACUGUCGCUGGCGAUUCCACGAGUUUCAAUAUCCCAGAUGGGCUUGUACACGUGUCAACUUGCUACCUAUGGACCGGAAUCCAUUGACACCUGCAAGCUCGAUGUCCAGACAGUGGAUGGAUCUGUUUGUGACAUCCAGUCCGUCAAACAAGAAUCAGAAACAUCUUUGUCCUGUUACUUCCCCGUGGACCUCAGCAAAACCCGACAAGACUUUGCUGUCUAUCACUUGAGCCAGGGUGUCACAGCUGAUGUGUUAAGAUGUACCUGGGAGGAAGACAACCCGAACUGCAACGUUGCCCAAGGUUUUCAGUUUGACGGGAGUGUGUCUAGUCAUCUCACCCUGAUCAUACCCAGCGCCUUCAAGACUCAUGAAGGAACAUACAGCUGUCAAAGUACAAGCAAGGAGCCUUUCUCAUAUCACACCUGCUCCUUCACACUUCACAAAGUGACAUCGUGUUUAAUACAAAGUGUCAAGGAGGAGCAGCCUACAGAGCUAAGAUGUAACUUCAGUGUUGAUGUUAGUGCCACUCGACAGAACUUUAAGGUUGUACUUCAAGGCAAAGACGAGGACAUCCUGACUUGUACCUGGCCAGACGGAAAGUUAGUCUGCAGCACAGCUCCUGGAUAUGAGUUUGACAACAUCGUCACCAAUCGUCUCGUCGUCGUCAGAGUACCUCGAUCCUCACCCAAACAGAAUGGAACGUACACCUGUCACCUGCAAGGCUUUGAUUCCAGUGACUUUCAGUCAUGUGACUUUCUCGUUACCUCAGAGUCGGUUACUUCCCUUGAUGUAGGUGCGAUUGUAGGAGGUGUUAUAGCGGCUGUGGUUGUCAUCGCGAUUAUCAUCACUGUGUUCAUUGUUUUACAUAAACGUCGACAACCACAUCAGACGACAGUCUCUAAAGAAGAAGAGCUAUCAUUGAUAAACAAGAAACAGGAGGCUACACAGAAGGUCAUUACGUUUUUGAAAGAGUCUAGCGAAAAAAUGUAUCAAGACAUGGAAACAAGUUUCUUUUUCGUACCAUCUCUUUAUAUAAAUAAAAAUGCAUACCGAAUAGAAGAAUUUGCCGGUGAGCAAAUAUUCAUUACACAGCCAUCCAAUGAGGAUGACAUAAAGCACGACAAGGCCAUGCAAGACAUCCUUCAAAAUCUUUACCACGUGGCGGACAGUGAGAAGGAGGCAAUGUUUGUCAUCUCACAGUUUGAUUAUAACAGCUACCUGACUACUCUAAAAGACACUAUUUCUGGUCACCAACUUCCAAUGCCUGCUAAACUCAGGCAACAAGACCAGAACUACGGUGACUUUGACCUGCUCAUUGUCCACCGCCAGUACGGGUUAGUCGUGGUGGUGGUCAAGACUUGCAGUGUUGGGUCUGGAGAUGGUCAAGAUGACACCAAGUUAGUGGAUGAGGUCAAGAAAGGUGUCAACCAGUUGCUAGACGCAGAGCACAUGCUGCAACAUCUUCUGUCUGAUCAGCAGUGGAACCUUGCUGUACACAAGACACUGAUGCUACCCAACGUUUCAGAAGAGGUUCUUAGAGACGAACUGGAGAAACACAGUCUGGAGGGACUGGUGGACAGUAACGGGAAAAUGAAUCUAGCACUACCAAUGUUACGCAGAAAGAAGACAAUGAUAAAAACCGCUGUCCAAAUUCCCAGUAUUCAGAACUGCUGCUUGUGUGCUGAAAGACUAAAAAGUAACAACGAAGGUCUAAAAAUAUGGUUACAGAGUGUUUCUAAUGGCAAACCCAUGAUAAAUGAUGUACAGUAUCUUACAAUAAUUUCCAGGUUCUGCGGUCCAGCCUCACAAUCCCCACUUCCUGUUCCCAACACUAUAUCAUGUGACAUUCUGCCCGUUACACCUGAACACGCUUUGUGUCUGACAGGGAACCUCUUUGAAACCACAAUUCUUCAUGAGGACCACCUGUCUGUGCUGAAAGAUCCUCCACCACUAGUUGGUCUGUGCGGUCCUCCAUGCACAGGGAAGACAAGAACACUUGAGCUGAUCGGAAGACGAUGGAUGUCUGAAGGUCAUGAAGUGCAUGUUGUCUCCUUGUGGCAGACCAGUCUCGCGGCUUCUUCAAUGCUUUGUGAGGUCCUCGGAAAGAAGACAAAUAGCAGUCACAGAGAAGAAGGUUCACAAGCACCUCAGGGUCGUGUCGUCCCAAUGGCCUUUGACCUGAAACGAGAUAAUGUCAAAGACAUUGUCAGAUCAAUAAAAGACAAGCCGGUACAGAAAGGAGCACUCUUUAUUUUGUGUGAUGAAGUGGAGCAUGAUGGAGGUAAUACCUUGUUCAUCUAUUUCUGCGAAAAGCUUCUAAAGAAGGUCCCAACUCUUCAUCUGUGGUAUGCCAGCUGUUUCACAGAAAAUAGUACAACAAACUGGCAGGUGAAGGUUCUUAUUCGCCCUAUAAGUUGUCCACCAGUAAUUUUGAAAGAGAAGCAACUGUCAGGGGUAACUGAGUUUUACAAAAUACCAAACUGGGCGCUGGACUCUAAUACACGGACGCCAACAGAGGGACCACCAAUCAAGUACGUGUACCAUGGUGGAGAAGAGCACUCUGAAGGAGAUCCACAGGGCUGUCAAUCCUGUUUAGAAGAAUUGAUUCGUUACCUUCAACCUCUGUUCAUGGGUAAAGCGCCUUUGACCUCAGAAGCUGCUUCCAUCGCAAUCUCCACAAGCAUCGGAACUGGUUCACCUGUGUCUGAGCUUCGCCUUGAUGACAAGGACAUGAUGGUGUUGACUGAAUCUGAUGUGAAGGAGAAUGUGACUUUCGUCACGCUGCUGAGAAAAUUUGGUUUUAAGACAAAGUUAAUAAAGGAACCACCAACAGAGAGUGCUUUAAAAGACACAAGUGAAUGUGUCCUCAUAGCAAAUGGGAAAUACGUUCAUGGCAUAAAAAGAAAAGUUGUGGUUUUCUUGGAAAAAGCGCUCACUAAAUCAAAGUCUAAGAAACCUGUAAAACCUUCAGACUCCUUAAACAGGGUGCGGUGUGUAACUAGCUGCACUUCCCAGCUGAUCUGGGUAAAGAUUUCAUAGAAGCAGAUUUUAUACCAUUACACAACUUGAACUCAAUGUUUUGCCAACUAAGAAGGCUGAAGGAUAUUGUAAUCAGCGUCACAUAGACCACUCUUUGUUAUGUGUCACUGUAAUAGAAAUGGUUAGAAAAGUAAGCUUAUUGUAGUUUUAUAAAGAUAAUACAUAACAUACAUAACAAUUAAUUGCACACAGUCGAUGUUUGCAUAAAUCUUAAGUAAUUGUAAAAUUAAAAAAAUCAGUGGAGGGUCAGUAGAGGGGUAUUUCUUCUGUGGGUGUCGGCUACUUGAUGAUCGCAUAGUGAGUAACAAGAGAAACAGGAAAGCAAGAAUAUCGAAAGUCACUUUUCGGCACCACAUCAGAGUGUAGGGAGCAACCAGUCAUCAAGUAAGCGACUUCAGCAUCUCGACUUCACCUGUACCUUGAGACCAAGAGGGCAAGACUUGGAAACAAGAACACUUGGGUUAGAGAACCUUGAGCAAGGGGCGAGUCAGUGACGAGGAACUGUUAGGACUGCCUGGGGUCACCGUGGAAAGCAAAGGGCUACGUGAGUAGGACUUGCACUACCUGUGAGAGGACUUGCACUACCUGUCAGAGGUAGACGUUCGACGCCUAGGCCGCCAGAAGUUGUGGUUCAUGAAGAAGAACCUCUCCUGGAUUCGCCGGAGCUGCAAAAGAUCGGAGAACUUUGUAUGUCAAAGUGGUGUUUUUUUCUGAUGCUGUACGUGGCAUAUCAGUCGUUAAAGACACACCAUGUAUGCCUCUGGACUGGGACAGGCUCGACUCUGUGUCGCCCGGAGAGCUGUCGUCGCUCUCUCACGUGGUUGACAGAUCGAACGGGAAGUACUCCGGACAGUGGAACAAACACUUUUGAGGAAAAGUCAUCUCCACUAAAUAACAAUCAUGGACACCUCAAAAAGACACUACGAAAACAACUAAAAUUACUGAGAGCUAAGUUGAUGUGAGUGUGCAUGGGAGACAAAAUGGUAGUAAUAUCGAGAUUAACAACACUGCAAUAAUGAAAGUAUGCUUUGCAUGGAUAGUGCAACGACACCCGUAAGACGAGUCGUUUUUAUUGUAUUCUGUAUUUUAAUGGUAAAUAAAUCGUUUUUAUUAUACGGGGCUGAGUCUUGAGAGAAGCAGGGGUGAGGGCUGGUGAGCCGCGUAGUGAAACCUGAGUGAUCAACGUGUUAUGAUUGUACGUGGAGGUGCCUUGUAGUUUAUGUUGCGGGUAGGAGGAGUUAAGCCUCACUAUCAUUGACGCACCCGGUUCCCCGUGGCCAGCAGGAGUAAGGGCAAAUGAGAAAUGAGUGGUGGACGUGUGAUUACAGUAGGUGUAUGUCUCAAGACUAAUCAGCCCGAGACAACGGCAAUUGCAAAACUAAUGGCAAUCUUUGCAUAUCUUUUUCCCAGGGUGCACUUUUCUAACGACUUUAAGCUGUAAAUAACACACAAUUUCAAAACAUCUAUCUGUAUGAAAACUAACCCU